GUCCAAGGCACAGCGUUGAUCACCGGCGGAGCGUCAGGUAGCAUCGGGGCCGGCACGGCGAUGGCCUUCGCCAAAAGCGGUAUCUCCAACCUCAGUCUGCUUGACCUCGAUUUCGAUGCACUAGACAAGGUGCGCGGGGAGAUCAAGGCGCAACACCCGGAUGUAGCGGUGAUGAUUCUGGUGGUGGACGUGACGGAUGAGAAGGCAGUGGAGGAUGGAGUUCGGCAGACAGUGCAGCAGUUCGGACGGUUGGACAUUGCAGUCAAUGCUGCGGGAAUCCGCGAUCCCACCAUAGACACGCAUGAAGUGCCGCAGGACGCCUGGCAGCGGGUGAUCAGCAUCAACCAGACCGGAUGCUGGCUGAGCGAGCGUGCCGAGAUCCAGCAGAUGCUGCAGCAGGAAUCUCGAGGUUCUCGAUACGGCCGCGGAGUCAUCAUCAAUGUAGCCUCUGCACUGGGGCUGAGUGCACCUGCAACCGGGAUACCAUUUGCGCCAUAUGUCUCGGCCAAGCAUGCUGUUAUGGGAUUUACAAAGGCUGACGCGAAGAGAUAUGCCCCGCAGGGUAUCCGGAUCAACGCCAUCUGCCCAGGGUGGAUAUAUACCCCCAUGAUUGAUGAGGAUGUGAAAUCCGGCAUUCUCGACACGGAGGUGCAGUCAGCGGCGGUGGGCCGGAUCGGGCAGGUAGAGGAAGUUGCCGAUGCGAUUCUAUUCCUAGCAUCACCGAUGAGCAGUUUCGUGUACGGGACCGGGUUGGUGGUCGAUGGGGGGUAUACGUUGUGAUCGACACGAGCAGCGUCUGGAGCUGGACUUGGUCAGUCUGAUCAUUCAUCGAUUGCUUGUGAUUUCUGUGUCUCACGAGUGUUAAAGAACUGUCAACAUAUGAUAUCAUGAUCCCAAGAUCCUGGUCUUCGGUGAUGAGUUUGUGAGAUAUGAAGGAAAGAGGAGAGG